UUGACCAUGCUGUAUGUGCUUCACUAUCUCCCGCGGAAAAGUAAGCUUCGGCUACCCAAAGCUAUGAAGGUAAAUUUUCUCUUCCAGUUAGUGAAGUGCCUUCAAAGUGAAAGGCUGUGUUAAUGAGGAAAAAUGGGUGUUCUUCCGGAAUUUUUUGUUAGUUUAUGUUUCUUCCAGUGUGGAGCAUGGAUGGGCUUUAUGAUCUACCUCUCUCCCUACCACUAUGAGACUGUCCUCGUAGGACCGCAGAUAUGUGGCAUGGUUAUGGCGGGCUUAGCAGGAAUAAUACUGACCUUAGUGAAGCAUAUGUACGGACGCAUACGAUUUAUUCACAUGCUCCUCAUUGGACUUGGAACGCUGAGUCUACUUGGGUCUGGCUUAGCCUUUAUCAUCGAAUAUCAGGAUCCGACAGUUGGACUGUUCUUUGGCGGCAUGGGACACGGUAUGGUCUUCGUUACAGGGCUCUGCUACAUACAUUUCCGCUCAAAGGACGACGGUUUCCGCGUGAUUCGAACGGGAUUCUGCCAUUUAGUUCAUCUCGGUGGUUUAAUGAUCUUUGUACACACAACAUCGCAAUAUGUGUAUCUUCAAACUUCUGCAAGUCGCAAUGUGGUUGUGUACAGAGCAGGAUGGAUCAUCACAGCAGGAUCAAUCGGUGCACUGGGAGCAUUGGUUCUAAAUGAAAUCCUCCACUGUAUGGGAAUGUACAACUACAAGAAGUGCCGAGAUACCUUCCUUGAGGAUGCCAACGACAUCAGUGAUCACUUCAAGUCAACUCUCGGCUUCAAUGAUCCUGAUUCAGUGACGCAACAGCCAAACAAUCGUCGACAAUUCCUCCUGAGUGUCCUUGCUCUUUGUCUCAAGAUCACCAAUAUCACCUUCAACUACCAUAUCUUCAUUUACUUCACCUUGGCCACCACUCAAUACCUUCUCACCGAACCCUAUGAAAGUCUCUUUGCGCACAUGUAUCACUAUAUUAAGUACUACUUUGGCUUAUUAGGACUAAUCAUUGGCCUUAUUGCCUCGUGCUUCCUCAGCUACAAACUAAUCUUCAUGAAAUCCCUCGGAGCAACGUUCCUCGCCAUCCUCAUUGGAGUAUCUCUCUUCACGACAGAACACACUGGCAUGGCUGGAAUUUCCUUCUGGCUCAUGUACUUCUCCCUGGGCAUUGGGCUCUUCAUCCCUGAUGUUGCCAUCAUGGAGGUGUCCAAUAUUCGUCUCACUGAACUCUUCCUCGCCAAAGGCUACAUUGUGGAGAAUACUGUACUCAACAUUAUUCUCUUCAUCUUCCAACGACAUACUUACAUGCUUUUCGGUGAAAGAACCCUUAUGGCUAUUGGAUGGAAUAGUGGUGGUCCAUUUGUUGCACUCUUCCUUCUUAUUCUCAUCCUUUUCAUUGUCUUCUGGCCACAAACUUUCCGACGAGGGCUGAUCACAAUCCAGUAUAUUGUUCUGUAUGAUCGUGAGGAUAAGCCAGCAGUUCCCGUGAAGCCCGUCACAACAGAAAUAUCAAUGCCUUCAUAGAAAAUUUUCCACCAUGUCUCUUACUUAACUACCUACCGGCUUAUUUUCAGGAUACUCAAAAAUAAAUAAAAGAGAGAAAAAAUCAAGAUCA